AUUGGUGAUUGCAGAUCUUAUGGGAACUCCAGGCGCAAAAAGAGCCUCGAAGGAGUUUCGAGCCUCCAUCAAGGAGGCUAUACGCCUGAUCAAGGCCGGCGGCCUUCAGAGGCUGCUCGACGCUCCUCCAAACAAGCCUCUCGCUGAAUUUCUGGGAACAUUGGGCUGCAAUGAAGUCUGUACCCAACUCUACACCCUUGCUAUGCUCGCCGAUAUCGUUGGACGCGGUCAUCCAGCCCUGUGGGUGCUACCUGACCCGACGGACCUGUACCCGCGCGUCUUCCGAUGGAUUGCGUAUCUUCUGCCGCUCAAAAGAGGUUUCUCAAUGGAACACCGCUCCUCCAAGCACGACAUCAUGCUCGAAUUGCUUGACGGCAGCAUCGGCAUCUUCCAGCACGUCCUCUCCCUGCCGCCGGACCGCGCGCGAUCCGUCUUGCUCUCCGAAGGUCAUGACGCCAUAAGCGACAUAGUGACUAUUUGGCUGCACUGGCCCGAGCUCCUCGCAGAAACGAAGUCGAAGAAGGACGAGGAGCGCAGAUCCCGCUGCAUACAGCUGCCACAGUCGCUAUGGAAGGCUCUUGGCCAGACUGAUGACGACAACGCGCUGAUCGCCACGUUCUUUCUCCGCGCUGUCUCCCACAAGCCAACGAGACUCUUCAACUUCAUCGCGCGCCAACUGCACGAUGCCAACUUGCGACUGGCACGCGACGAUGACACCGCUUGGGCCGAUGCCACGUCCUUCGUCAUCAUAUCCACACUCCUGCUGCUGUAUCGCGACCUGAGUAUGCGUCUGGUCCCUGGCGGCAUGGUCCUCUCUAUGACCAUCUUCACGCGGCUUGCGGCCGCCAAGCGCCCUCACCUCUCCGAAAUCUGCCUCAGGCUGCUCAACAUCCUCUGCUCUAAUGACUCUCGCGCCCUCUCGACGGCCCUCAAUUGCGGCAUUUUCUCUUUACUGGCUCAGCUCCAUGCCGCACGUUUGUGCCAUGAGGACAGUCUUACGAAGCUUCGCGAGCUCAUCAGCGGCGCACUGUCCUUUCCUAAGUCUGUCGAGCUCUUCUCUGCGCAUGUUGCCAUGUCCGACCUGGUUCGGCAGUCCUGGGUCCUUCCGGAGGAGAAGGAGCUCCGCGAACUCGCUGAGAGACGGCAAGCCUUGUUAAAAGUCGCUUCCCAAGAUUGGGAGGCCAAUGUUAGGUGCUGCAAUCCGAACUGCUCGUGUGCACCAGAUGCCCGGCUGCGCGGCUGUCCUUGUGGGAAGGCGGUCUAUUGCUCGUCUACCUGCCAACGCGCCGACCGGGAGGUGCAUAAGCAGAGUUGUCGUCUGCUCAACGAAGGGUCGGAUCCAGAGAUAGGUGCCCUACGCGCCCGCGACGCGCAUUUCAUGGCGCAUGUUGUGAAGGACUACCUACGGGAGAACUGGACGCGGCUCGAAGCGGAAGUCGGCGCCAGGAGCACGGGCCAAGUACCGCUUUUGACCCUGGACAUUGCGUUCGGUGUCGAACGCAUCGACUUGCAAUGGGUCGAUCUGCCGGAGCCAGGAGGAUUUGUGCUUCUAGUUGAGUCUUGCUAUCGGAAGAGAGGCCAGAAAGGGUCGAAGAAGGCGGCAGCUAGCAGUUUGGCAGUAACAUGUCCUACAUACCUGAGUGCCGACCCGCUCACUCGACUUCGCAUUCGUCGGUUGGUACCUCCUACUCGCAUCGUCUUACCUGCCGCCCUCACGGCCUUCUUCGCCGAUCGUGUCGUUAUCAGUGUCCUCGUCGUCCUCCCGAUCUUGGUCCACGCUAUUGAUUACCGGGGAGGAACAUAA